AUGAUGUCAGAAGAUGGUAUGGAGAACCGGCGAGGGCCUCCCGGAGUCAACUCCAGAUCCUUGAGUGUCGCUCAUUCUGCUGCUGAUCUUGAGGUACUACGCGAGAUAGAGAACGUAUAUUUUCUACCGCCAUCAGAAUUCGACGCUGGGAAGUAUGUGUUAGAACACGCCCCUGCCUCGUCCUGUGAUGAUAUCGAACGUAUGUUCUCUAAACUGAAGCGUCAACAACAGGUAGUCUCCGGCAAAGCUCUCCACCUAAUAUCUCAACAACGCGACAACUGUGACAGAGAGUUCAAAGAAAUCCAGAACAUUCGGGAACAGCUUUCCACUACUCUUCAAACCUGUCAGAAAGCCAGAGACCAGCUCCGAGCUGCCUCGAACCAUCUCACUAUAUCCACUUUCGUUAUCCUGGCCAACUUCAGAAAACGACAGAUCAUCAGGUCAGUACUUAAAUAUUUGGAACUACUCCGAACUCUAAGAAGUGUGGAAAAAGAUGCCGCUGAUUUGCUAGUAAGGAAAGAAUAUUAUGAAGCUAUAGAUCUGAUUUUGAAAAGCAAGAAAGCUGCUAAUAGUCAUAAGGAGUAUACUUGCAUAGCAGAUUUGGCUACACGCCUGCAAGACACCUUAGAUAUGACUGAGGAAAAAUUGGAUUCUGUCUUAGCAAGUAUUUGUUACAAUUUUGACGAAAAUAUAUUUAGGAAACUUAAGAAAGCUUAUGCGUUGCUUGGGAAAACUCAAGCGGCUAUGGAACAACUACAUAUGCACUACUCUUCGGCUGUGAAUGAGUCUGCUAUUGAAGCGGUCAAAAAUUACGUAGGGGAUGCAAACGAUAUGAAAUUCCAAGAUAUGUGCCAAUCAGUUCAGGCUAAUAAAGCUCCGAUUUGCUUGUUGAAUCUUUGUGAAAAUCUCUUUUUAAUAAUGAGGAGUUACUACCUUUUAGUCGAUUGGCAUUCGAAAUAUGAUGAGGAAGAAUCGAUACCUAUAUCGAAUAACGUUUUCGAAAUCGAGAAGAAUGUCAGCAGAGAAUAUAUUAGGCAGAAAUUAAAAGCUGGUCUUGUUCGAAUUUGGAACGAUGUUCAAGCCAAAGUUUCGACAUUUUUGAAAAGUUCUGGCUUAGAAGAGUAUCCGUUUGAAAAGUUUAUACAGAUGUUAGGGAUUUUGAGGAAAUUGACUCAGGUAGCUGAAGUUUUCUGCGGCGAUAAGUCGGAUUUGCUCCAAGACUUUAUAAAGACCCAAAGUGUGUUGUACAUUAAGAAUUACCACAGAGGCAGGAUGGAAGAAUUGAAACUUUUUCUAGAGAACGAAGGUUGGGAACAGUGUCCUGUGAAAUCAACGUUUAACUUGCUAUAUUUACAAGAGUUUAAGCAGUUUAAAAAGUACUUGAACGUCAGAUCUGAUACAUCAUUACUUAAAACGCAGUCCGACGGAGCUUCGUCUGUUCACUCGCAAGAUGAUAGCGUAUAUAUAGCCAAAUAUUUCAAGCAAAACUCUAAUCAUACUCCCUUUGAGAUAUUCCGUAACGAAAAUAUAACGAAUGACGAUAUUUUCGGCUUAGAACCGGAGUUGGUAAGCGAUGAUUCCGAUGAUGACGAACCCGACGAAUUGAAACGGGAUUUCGUUGACGAAAAUGAUCGACCCGAACCUAACGAAAGUCCGAGUAAGAUAAAAGAUAGUGUUAUUGUUACUAACACUACUUUAUCAGUCUUAAGACAUUGCGGACAAUAUCUACAGAUCUGUCGGUAUCUUCCCCAAAUUUCACUAGAAGUGGUUAUGCUCAUGAAUCAACUUUUCGACUACUAUUUCUUCACGGUCCACUUAUUUUUCACUGCGGAUCUUGAAGUCGCUUCUUCGACGUUAUACAGUGCGAAAUUAAACUCUGUUUUAAAGAGGAUAAAGAACAAUAUUGAUACAGCGAAUUCGGGAGAUGUUGAUGGCAAAAUACCUUGUCCUGAUUCUCCCCAACAUUUGAACAUAAAUUCUGAAGAGGACCUUCAUGGUCUUUCAGAGAGGAUUGUAGCUGUUGAGAGCGUGAUAUUUCUCUCAAAACAAUAUGAAAUCCUUCAGCCUUAUUUAGAGUCUAUAGUUGCUCCUCACCAAAGAAUGAUUUUAGAACACUUUAAAGAUAAUACUCUAGCUGUUGUCCAAGAUUUGAGAGUCCCAGUCUAUAUGUGUUCCGCAUCAAAAGCUGUUGACGCCCGCACAGCGUUAAUAGCCAUGUCACAAGUCAAAUGGGACGUCAAAAACGUCGCUGUAGAACACAGUCUGUACGUAGACAUGAUAAUACGAAAAAUUCAAGUGUUCGCUUUACGUCUAGAAAAUGUGUCGACAAAGGUAACAUUGAAUUUGGAGGUGUUAAAUGCAGUUUGGAGUAUGGUAUCCAAAUUUGUCGUCCAUCUACUGGUCGAAGGGUUUUCUAAUGCGACAAAAUGUUCGAACGGAGGCAGGGGUUUAAUGCAAUUAGAUUAUAGACAGUUAUUUCUGAAAUUGGAGAAGAUAUCAGGGCUAAAACCUGUGCCGUACCAAGAUUAUGUGGACAAGUAUGUGAAAGCUUACUAUUUGCCUCGGAAGGGUCUUGAAGAAUUUGUUUCUGAGAGAAUCGAAUAUUCUAAUAAGCAUUUAAUGGCUUUGGUCACUUGUGCGUGCGAGAAUAAGAAAGAUAGACAGGCUUUGACGGCGAUUAUUGAAGGUAGAGACAGUUCGGUAAAUUAGGCUUUGUAAAAAAUAGUCGUGGAGUCUUACAGCCAGUUUCUUCAUCGAAAGUAAAAGCCAAAGUAAUGUUAUAAAGUAAAAGUAACGGUCAAAUUCGUUUUUUCAAGGCUAAAGUAACAGCAAAACUAAUAGAUAAAACGAAUUUGACCGUUACUUUUACUUUAUGACAUUACUUUGGUUUUUACUUUGGCUUUUAAUUUGAUGAAGAAAUUGGCUGAAAAUCGUGAAAAACAAAUUUGACCGUUACUUUUACUUUAUGACAUUACUUUGGCUUUUACUUUUGAUGAAGAAACUGGCUGCUAGUGGUUAAACAACCAGCCUCUCAAAUACGAGUGUGGGGAUCGAUUCCAGGUCAGGCAAGGGUCAGUGUAACUUUUCUGUUAUAUGAAAAUUAUGGAUGUAAAUAUGUGUUAUAUUAUAAUACGAAAAUUAAAAUAUAAGUUGGCCUAAUUAUUUAGGCCUUAAUAGGCCUUUGAAAUUCGUUGUUCUGCCAGAAAAUGUUAAUGUUUUCUUAUUCUCUCAAACAAACAAUUAUAGUUGGAAUACUCCUUAAUUAUGCGUGAUUAAUAUUGAAAAAUACUAAUAUUGAAAAUUGCAUGAGCAAAUGUGUAUCAACUGAACUUUAUGAAAUAAAAUUUGGUAUGGAUUGAUUUAAUGAAAAGACAUUAUAUUUAAGUAUUUUCAAGGUCGAGACUGUAAAAUAUUUAGUUUCUAUUGUUAUAGGGAAUUUAAUCUGUAAAUAUUAUAAUAAUUAUGCUAUUCGUACUUAAAUUGAAGCUUCGUACAAAAUGUGAUAAUCAAAUUAUAUAUUUUAGUAGUGUUUAAAAUUUCUUCCAAAAGGUGAAUUUUUCGACUGGUAUCGAAAAAGUCAAAUACAAAAUGUUUUUUUUUUAUAUUUAAACGAAGUUAAAGAAACUCGAACAGUCUUACUAAAAAAACUUAAACAUCUGUUGAACACUUGGCAAAAAAAAAGUUGUCUGCAAAACGGACCUUAUGUCAACGUCAUAAUCUGAUUUUUUAGGCAAGUGUUCAACAGAGGUUUAAAAGUGUUUGUGGUAAGACGGACAUAGUCUAGAUAGACUAACUUCCCAAUGGAUUAAGUUUUCGCGACAAAAAAUGGAAAGCACAAAAGUUGUAAAUAUAUAAAAAUAUUAUAUUCCUAUUUCUCCAAUGUAUUGGCAAGAUUCUACCAAAAAUGUAGGCUAUGUCGCGAGUCCACAGCUAGCAUGUGUUCGUGCAAAAUGGUUGCAGUUUCGCGGACAUAUUACAAAAUGUUCGCUCGCUAUCCGUUCACACAGACUGGCUCGGAGAGCAUCCGCGCGCAUUUUUCUUUUCACACAGACCGGAAUCGGCUCCUAUCGGCUGAAAGAGCAUGCAAUCGGAGCCAAACGUCUGUAAGACAGAGAAAAAGUACGCGAUCGCAGCCGGUCGGCUCCUCUUAUUAUUUCACACCGAGCGCCUUCGAGCAUUCUUAAUGACAAAAGCAUUGCACAUGCAAAAAUAAACCUUACUACAAAUACUAAGUACUCGAUUUUCAACGUGUUAAGAAUUUGUUCUCCUCUCCGAGCCGGUCUGUCUGAACGGACCCAUACUGUUUGCUAAAGCGAGUACACCAGAAGAUACAUUUGGGUGCGUCACAGUUCUGCUAAAAGUGGAAUCUUGCUAUAAGAAAACAAUAAAUUGUACUGUGACUUCCGCUCGGGUUUUUGUUUAAGUUUUCAUCUCUUUAGGCUCAAAUUGACCGACAACAUAAACGUCUAUUUUUCUUAAAAUAACUGUUUACUUUGAAACUUGAACGUAAACAAUUAUAUAUCGGAUGUGUCGUACCUAAUCACAUUAAAUUAAAUACGUUAAUGUAUUGGUUAAUAUAUGUCGAUAACACAAAUAAAAAAAAAAUACAAAAAAAAAAAACGAACAAAAUGUGCGAGAAUUAGAACAGGCUUUAAGAGUCCGUUAUUACAAACAACGGAAAUUCUCCCCAGAAAACUGACAGCUGUCAUCUGAUCAAAAUAUUCGAUA